GAGAGAAGGAGAAGAAGGAGAGGGUAAAUCGCGGUGGCGGGAGGUGGUAGGUUCCGCGGGCUACGAGGCAAACGGGCGACAGCGCAGGGUGCCCGGUGAGGAAGGGGUAGCGGAGGCCAUGAGGAGCCGUCGGUAGGGGCGGCUGGCGCGGAGGCGGCGGAGACGGCUCGUUCAGCACGCAGGAUCAGUCUUGGGGAGAGAGCCUCGCAACCGUUGCUUUCGCCUCGCUCUAGCUAGUAUCUCCGCCGCAUUCGUACGCGUUAGAAAACGCGCCGUCGCCGUCGCUCUUGCCCCAGCUGAGGCCGACGAAGCCGCGCGAAAACGCGUAACCGGAAGUAGAGUCGCGGAAAACGAGCGCCUCGCGCGUCUCAGUUAGGCGGGAAGCCCGUGGAUCGUUUCCAUCGGUCCGUCCACUCUUCUUGGCUCUCUACGUCUGACGUCUUCCUACCAGGUAGACGGGCUCUAUCGCGACUGAAAAGAGCGCUCGAGGGAGAGAAGGAGAGUGUGUCCCUCCGAGGUCUUUCCUUCUCUCGACUCCUUGUUUCGAUAUAUUCCUUCCUCGCCAGCGAAUCGAUUUCCAUGCGACGUGGUGAUCGCGCGUCGGUGGUCGUUAACGGUCAAGGAAAAGCCGGCCUUCGCGGCGCGUAAGCGAGACAGAGAGGAAAGUGAAGGCGCGAAAAGAGACGAAGAACGGUGGAGGAAACGCGCUUCACGUUCCGUACCGUCCGUCCUUUUCGACCGAGCGCGCGUUCCUCUCGGUGUGACGUCGACGAAGGGAUAAAUAAGGAACCACACGUCGCUUUCUCUCUCUUUCUCUCUCCUCUCUCCCUCUCACGGUGAGGUGAGGUGAGGUGAGGUGAUAUGCGCUCGCGAAUUGCGCGCGAGGGUGCGCGAAGUGCCAGGAGGCAACGCCGGCUACAGUGAUCUGCGAACUCGUGGACGUGACGCAAAGCACACGGUGCGACGCGGCCCCCGCGUUUUCACGUUCCAUGUGUCGUGAAAGAGGAGCUCGUGCCAACGACGGCGGUUUCGCGGACGCGGCUUUUCGGACGAGCGACGGCUUCUCGUGAAUCGUCCGGUCGGUCCACCACACCAGCCGUUCCGUUCUCUCGACCGUCCUACUCGUCGGUCGUCGCGACAGUCGUCGGCGCCGUCGCCGUCCUUCGCCGUUGGAUGUGCGCAGGAGAUCGAGAUCGAGUUUGAGAGGAAGAGUGCGCGAAGCGAAAGGCGCGCGUGCGAAAAAACCGACCACCCGCGCAGAGUGAACUCGCCGUUAUUGUUUUUUUCGCGAGGUGAACCAGAGGAACGCUGAGCAGCGCGACAGGGACCUCUCUCGUGACGCUCGGGCUGUGAAGCAGCGUGAAAACAGCCCGUUACGCAGAUAUUGAACCGGUAUCAAAAUGGGUUGUUUCGGGAGCAAGGACAAGUUGAGCAAGGAGGACAUGGACUUCCUCAAGUCGCACACGCGAUACGACGAAGCCACCAUAAAGGAAUGGUACAAAGGCUUUAAACAAGACUGCCCUAACGGCAGGUUAACGCCGGCGAAGUUCGUCGACAUGUACAAAAUGUUCUUCCCGUCCGGCAACGCGGAGGAAUUCUGCGACCACGUUUUCCGCACAUUCGACAUGGACAAAAACGGCUACAUCGAUUUUAAGGAAUUCCUGCUGGCGAUCGACGUUACGUCCAGCGGCACGCCGGAGGAGAAGCUGAAAUGGGCGUUCCGUAUGUACGACGUUGACGGUAACGGCGUUAUCGAUAUGCAAGAAAUGACGAAGAUCGUCCAGGCGAUAUACGAUAUGCUCGGUGCGUGUUCGAGCAACAGGCCGGCGGACAGCGCGGAGGAGAGGGCAAAGAACAUAUUCGCGAAGAUGGACGAGAACAACGACGGGCAGCUGACGCAAGAUGAAUUCCUGAAGGGCUGCCUUCAGGACGAGGAGCUGUCGAAGAUGCUCGCUCCUUAAUCCCGACGCCGCGUAUCCGCACGAGCCGUCGACACGCGAACAUGAGAGAAAAGAAAAAAAUCAAAUAAAACAAUAAGACAUCACACGCUCUCACGACUCUCAGAAGAACUCCGGAAACGGAACGUCAACGCCAGCAACGACGAGCCACCACCGAAAUUGACCCUCGCAUAUGUACACACACACACGCGCGCACACGCACACACACACACACACACACAUACACAGAGAUCACACGUCAUUGCUCACAUAUAUACAUGUACACGAUAAUUUUCUAUUAACUACGACGUAUAUAUACGUUAUCAUUGUAGCGGCUCGAUAACGAGUCCGUCGCUCGUGCCGGGCAAUGAGUGGUGAUAAAUGAAAAAGUAGGAGGAGCAGGAAGUUGAUAUCAAGGAUGAUCGAAGAUGAUCGAGAAUGAUGGAGCACAAGUGAUAAACAAAGAGAGAGACGAUAAUUCGAAUCGAGUCGCGACGACUCGUCCGACGACAAAGAGAGAAAGAGAGAUAGACAGGGAGGAAUUUCCCGAUGUUCGCGGAAUCGCGCGUCCGCAGGACGACACAACGACAAUCCCGACGAUUGGUUCCGAGGCAAAAAGUCCCGAGGACGCGAAACGCAGGGCGACGCCGGGACGACAACGACGAAGGAUCCAAAUUAGGCCACUCGCUAUCCCGGAAAGCAACCCGUAGUCGUAUCCGCGAGCCUCGUCGCCUUGGUACAACCGCAGCAGCGGAUUCACGUCCAGGAGUUUCCUCGGACUAGUGUCGGUGGAAUUAGCUAGGGGGUGGAAUCUUCGGUUCACACGGGGGGAAAUGACUCGGGGAGAGAGACGAACAGAAAGAGAGCGAGAGAGAGAGAGAGAGAGAGAGAGAGAGAGAGAGAGAGAGAGAGAGGAGGAAUGAGUGUCAGCGUGGCGGCUUCCGAAGCCCGUGCUUGCACCGACAAUUUGGCUUGACUAAUCCUGGACAAACGACUCGCUCAGAGUUGCCUCUUUCCGGAUUACAGUUCCGCCUAAUAACAUGACCACGGCCAAAGAAAAUUUUGUUAAUCCUCUGAUGCGCUUAGAAGUCUUUGCACGCGGCACAGUAUAAUGUUCUCGUCGCGGGUACGGCUUAUUUUGGGAGGCUUCGGGGAGGAUGUCGGCGACACCGUUGUGAUUCCAGCUCCACUCGGGAUUUAUCAGUGGAUCCCCAGCAGUUCACGAAGUCUUGCUGCCGGUCGCCCCCUUGCGUUGUUCCCGUGAGCGCUUUCACUUCGUUAACACCGAUAGAGCAAGCCGAGCUCGUCGCAAGUUAUUUGUCACCGCCCCGCGGAUUAAUCGCUACGUGAUCGCGGAUGCUUGACACGCGUUCACCAGCACUUGAUCGUCGUCUGUUUGUCGACGAAACGCGUUUCUUCGUGCACACACGACACAGAAAUCCAUCUUUCAAACGUAUCCCACGCGAUUUCAACGCCACGUACGAUCGGUUUCGAUCUGAUCCGAAGUUCGCGGAUCCCUUCAAGAUCUCUUGAAGAGCUUAGGCCGUGUUUGCGUUUUUAAGGAAAUUCCUAUGUAAAUGUACAUUCGAACAGCUCAAAGCCGACUGUGAUUACCGAGUCUCGCGUAAGUUGUUUAUUUGACAGCCAUCAACUGUCUUCAUUCCGUACGUCGCUUCGUUCCGUCGCUCACGAAACCUUCGCGGGAAUCGCGUCGAGAUUUACUCGCAUUCGAUCGCACGGAGCUCUCCCAAGUAGAAUAAAGAUCGAGCAGCGCAUCAGACGACUAAUAACCAGGAUCAGGAGCAGGCAAGGUCGGGUGCCGCCGGCUCGGCCGCCGCGCGAUAUCGCGGUAGAGAAACCGCAGUACGACAUAAGCAAGACAAGAGCCGAUGAACUGCGGCAUCGCAGACGAGGAAAGUGCGGGACAUCCGGAGGUGUGCGAGCCUCGUAGGAUUAAUUAAGCGAGACACUCGCGCGAUGCACGGAGAACGCAGGGCGCGCGAUUGCGUGCGUCGCGUCCCUUUGCGGCCCUGCGCAAAGUGUGUAUCGAUCGUUGUGUAUCGAGCUGUUGUGCGUAGGUCAGAGGAGGACCGAAACGCGAGGAGCGAUACCAGGACGCGACACGAGCCGUCUCGCCGACGACGACGCCGACUACGACGACGAUGACGACGAGGACGAUGUUGCGCGCUCACGCGAGAUGGUAACACAACGAAUUGCGACAAGGUAAUGUCGAUUAGAGAUAGGGGGAAUAUCGCUUAAGGGAAAUACGUUAAUUUUAUAUCGGCCCACCGCGAGCUGAUCCAUGUCGGGGGCUCGCAUUCGUCGACCAGCACGCCGCGCCAUCGUCCCCCACGUUCAAGUCGAAAUAUAAUUGUGACAUUAUGGGCAACGUUACGUAUGCGCCAUUGUGAAGUGGUGGUCGCGAAGCAUGCCGGUUGCGUGUUCGUCCGUCGUGUUCGACGAAAAUCCACCGGAUUGCCGUCGGCCACGAGGACGCGCUCUUUGUGCGGGCGAGCGAGAUCCGGAGGAGAGCGAUAAAAAUUGUAGAGACGGUAAAAGGGCGGGUCAAUCUCCGUGCAAUCUCCUCGCCGAAACAUUCGUGCAAAUGUCACAAAUCUCCUCGCGGAUUCGUCGUGUCUCGCCGUUGCCUCUUUUGCAAUCGCAUACGCGUGUAAACGUGCGGGUCGAUCUUUCUCCUCGACAUUCCGCAAUCGCGAAUACCGCGAGAGAAAUCGCAGGGCUGCGACCGACAACAAUGGCCGGCGACGUGCAAUUAAUUGGACUAAUUGGCCCGUGAGAGUAGCGGCGAGUCGCAACUCCCGUCUAGGCACCGGCGCCAACCGGUGAAAUUCUGCCGUCGCUCAGUUGAUUUUUUAACGCGUUUUGUAGAACUAGAUUAGCGAGACAAAAGGUUCGUUAAGCCGCGGUGCAAGUUAACCGACGGCUCCGAGAGCCGUUGGAAGAAUCGGCCUCUCUUCAUUACGCAAGGUCGGCUGUUGAAAUUCGCGAGCGCCGGCGAUCGGUCUGUUGCAUCUAUCUAUCGGUUCAUGCAGUCCUAUCGUUGCUCCAGGAAUUGCACGCGCCUUGUAUCGGGGUGAUGCCGUCGACUUCAAGAUUACCUCUACGCGGAUUAUUUGCAUGUCUUCUACGUGAUAUGUACACGCUCGUUUAUCAUACAGAUAAGGUAAACUGUGUGAAAUAUUGUGAAUUAGAUUAAAAUACACAGAAAAGAGCAAUUUAACUAUGAGAGUUAAAUGAGAGUUAAAUGAGAGUUUAGAUGUUAAUUAUAAAUGUAAUAUAUAUUUAAAAGAGACAACAAAUGUGUGUGGCACGAAAUUUUCAUUUUAUUACGUGAAUGAAAUUCUAUGGUCUCUAACUUGUUGAGGAAACAGAAGUAAUCCUAAAUUAACAUUAGGAUUUUAAAGGAAAAGUGGAAAUUUUUACUAAUUAAUUUUUGAACAAAAACCGUAUGUACUUUGAACGAAAUUUCCAUGGAUUGUUCAUUAUCAUAUCUCAUACAUAGUUUACGUUGUCUGCACGUAAACGUGAAGUAUUAUGAUUUACACGUAAACGCCCCGCUUUGCAUCAUCCUGCCGCGCGCUGACGCGAUGAAGAAGAGGAGGAGGAAGGGUUGGUCUCGCAAAAUCCGCUGGUGGCUAAUCGAUACGGAGAAAAUCGAGCUUGUGACCGCGCGACGGCCGACCGUUUCGUCCGUUCAACGGCGUGCUGGUCGAUGUGCGCAUAGACGACGUCCUGACGCCUUCCGCCGAAGGCUCUGUGACUUCCUUCUUUCUCUCUUCUCUUCUCUUCUCUUCUCUUCUUUCGUCGGCGCCGUAUACGCCGAACAUAACAUGUAUCGUGUAUACGCGAGAAGCACAAUGUGCAUCGAGGUCAAUGCUUGGCGCGCAUGUAUUUUAAGAUUUAUGAACAAGCGUCACGCACGCGUAUCGGAUACGUAAACGUCGGCGCGUGACGUUUUCUUCUAUAAGGCGGAUGCGCUGGGAAGCUUACCGUUCGUGCGGAGGCAGACAAAUCGCUUGUUUGUCAUUGGGAAUCCUGUACCUUGCGCUGAUCCAGCAAGGUAAGCUUGCCACCGAGUGUUCUUAAUUGAACGUAUGGAUUAAGUCAUUUGCGACGGACGAUCUCGCGAAUAAUACAUCGGGUUUUGUGAGAAGCAAUUUCUCGUUUUCCAGGAGAAACUAGACGUUUGUAUCCUCAUGUCGUUGUACUUUACGAGGCAUUGAUACGCCAUUUUGAUCUAUGAUCUCUCGUCGUAAUCUUUCGCACGUAUUAUCCCGCAAAAUUCUGACGUCAAAAUGUAAUCACCCCAAAAAAACUUGUCCUUAAUAGAGUACUCUUAUAUAUAGCUUUUUAAGAGAAUUCCUUUAAAAUCAAGAGGAAAAUAUUUCAAGCGCAAUAUCAUUCCUCUUCUUAUUAGAAGAGGAUCAUUCUUUUUGCAAAAGAACAUGGAACUUUUUUGCCCAGAAUAUUUCACACAGAAUACGGGAAUUCUAUCUUACAGCCAAAGUUUUCUUUUUUGGGGUAUUAGAAUAUUUUCAUUUUGGUCUUAAAAGAAUUCUCUCUUGAGGCUACAUAUAAUAGAUUUCUGCUGGGUAGAAUUCGAGUUUUCGAAGUGAUUGUUUCAUUUUACCUGCAUGGAAAAAAAGAUUUGGCUGACUUGAUCAGAUUAUUAACUUCAGCAGAAUUCUGGUAACUUCUGGUUUGUGUCGUAUGUUAUCAGAAAUUUGUUUGAUCCAACCAAACUUUCGUUUCCAUGUGCGAAAUCCGGGAUUCUUUUAUCACACAACUCGAUAUUAUUCGCGAGAGAGAUACCGUUCGCUCGAUAUUCCACUGUCAUUCGCGAGAGAUCGACUCCUGAAAAGCAACGGAGCAAUUUUUCAAAGCGCGAUACCACUCAUACAUCUGUCGGUAUCUCGCAAGAGGUUUCUCGUCUUCCUUCGUUACGCAGCGUUUAAAAAUGCGUGCGAUUGCAAAACUCGCGACGUUGCGUCGCAACGCACAGAAUUCACGACCGCACAUGUCGAGGCACGAUCGAUUCCGAGAAACAGCGCGAAACCGGAUACAUCUGGAAUAUUUCGUCGGCGGUUUAACCCUCUCGAAGCCGCCGUGUAUCGCCAUUGUGCAUGCCCCACUGCAUACGCCGAGAUGCACGUUGCAGGUUGCGCCGCAAUUGCUUCGUUAGCUGUUUCCGGCGAUUCCGGAGAUAUUCCGAUGCGAUUUGCCGCGCGACGAUCGCCGGCGUCGUUUCGCGGGAUCCUUCUUCCCGCUGUCGUUCCCGGUGCAACUCCAAUCGCCUCCGUGAGCAGAGAUUUCUCUCCGGAAAUCAAACGGGAACUUUAUUCACACACAACGGCCCUGGUCGUCCGCGACAUACUUUUCAAGCGCUUUCAUAUGUUGCGUUGUGCAAAAAAAAGAUAUAUCAACGCUAGAAUUCGCAAUCGUUCGAUAUUUCGCCGCUACGACGCGAAUUCGCCGACACCGAUCGUGUCCAAUUUAUCAUCUAGUGCCUCUCGCGGCUAGCAACGUGUGAAAUAAUUAUCUCUCAUCGUUUAAGCGCAGCGCGAAUAUGAGUUUCCCCGCGUACAUAUUUCGCACGUGUGUGCGAGAUAGUCGAAUUAAUCGCGCGACACGAUUUUGCGCGACCUGGAAUUUACGACCAAACGCGCUUUAUCUCUCUCUCUCUUUCUCUCUCUCUCUCUCUCUCUCUCUGGAUCCUCUGGGAGAUGCAUACGCGCCGCGACCUGCAACCUGCAAACUUCAGUCGAACGAGAAAACGGUCGACAACGCGAUAGACGGCUGAUUGCGCGCGAUAAGGGUGAAAUUGAUCCGAGGGGAAAUCAAUGAUUAUUUUUGCCGUCACUGUUGACGGUUGAGAAAGUCGCUCCUCCACCAUCACACGGAGAAAAAGAUUUCUUCAGUAUUCCGGGUAAUUGAAUCAUCCCGGGUGGGACCAGAUGAAAGACUCGCUGACGCGCGCGCGGAGAAAUAAUAUCUCCGCUAUUGUGACCGAAAACAUUCAGCUGCAUUAAAGCUCGGUUGAGAUCACGAGAGGGCGAUUGGCUGAGUAGGAAUCUCCUCCGGGAAUCUUUCACGGAAAAGCCAGUAUGAUUUGCCCACACAUAAAUCUGCCGACCACACAAAGGAAAAUAUCAUUCUCUGCCGUUUAGAGAAGCGAUUAUUUGCUUUACUUUCCUUCUUUUAAGUAAUGGUUACGUUCAGCAAAGAAUAUUUUCUUGAUAAUAGUCUCGAAAUAUACUUAUGACAACUUUGAGAAAAGCUCGUUAUUAUGUACUUCAAAGAAGAAUUUAUUCUUUUUAUAAGAAUAUUGAAGAAUUUUAUCAAAAGAUAUAGUUGGCUCGAGUCUACAUUGCAAAUAAAUCGAAUUUUUGUUUUCAUAUUUUUCAUUGAAAUGCUAAACCUCUGGUAAGAUUCGAAAUAUAUUCUGAAUAGAUUUGAUGAGCUUAUAAUAGAUUUGCGAAUUUAUAAACUUAUGAAAUACUUGAAAGAAGCAAUUAUAUAUUUUCUUGAAUGCAAUAUGUAAUUUUCUAUAUGCACACACAUAUACAUACACACACGCGCGCAGAUAUUGAGUCUGUUUGGCAUAAUCAGAUUUACAUGAACCAAUCAUAUCGAUUUUUCCUACAACCGAGUUUUUCAUCUGGUCCCUAAGUAACAGAAAAUUCGGUUAUACCGACGGAGUUGUUUCUUCCGUCUACAGAGCGGUCCAGUCGCUUCAGCUUGGAACACAUUGUGAUCCGCGCGGAUUCCCAGCGUAUAUAAAACGCGCCGUGUGCAUUACUCGGGCUUCUCGCGAACAAACUUUUCGACCGAUCAGUCGACUGCAUGCCGACCACGGCUCGCUGAACGAGACUGAACGGCGCGAAAAUCAGACGGGAAUUAAUACUCUUACUAUUAAAUAUAAGCAAAGUAGCGCGACCAUAUUAAAGAAUCCCGGAACGUGAUGCACGUGACGUCGGACGCGAUGCGAUCUCUAGUCAAUCUCGUAGAGAGAGAUAUAUUAAAAAAAAAAGAGAUGAAGAAGCGAGACGCGUGUACGCGUCACACACAGUUCUUUCUUUUUGUGGACGCGACGUUAUUCACGUUGGAGAACACCUUGUACAUUUGUAUAUACCUCGUUAGAUUAACCAAAUUGACGAGAACCGUCAUUGUGGAAGUAAUUAAUCGGAUUAACUCGCAAUUUUCGUGGACACGCACACACACCACGUAGGGGUAGUGUAUCCUGAAUGUCGGCUACGACGAUGAUCGAGAAGCUCGCGGCGCGGGUGAAGUAGACUCAUAAAAGUGUACAGAGAGCAACUGUACUUCCUGUCGAUCAGGAGUAUAAAUUAAAGUCAAUGUGUGCGUGGAUGGGUGUAUAUUACGAGUAGAUGAGAGAACUUUUAAAAAUAGAUUUCCAGCUCAUCCCUCGUCCGCGCGAUUAUCGUGAUAGAUAGGUGGAAGGAAAAAGGAAAAGCGGGAAACCGAAAUGUCAAAUUAACAAAUACGGUAACGAGAGUAGCGUUAGCAAUUUCAAGUCGCUUCCACGCGGCAAUCACGAAGCCCUUGUGAUAUCGACUGCGGCUACCGUUAGCCGUCGAUUGAAGUGCAUUCGGGAAUUCCGCGGAUGUUUCGCGCUUUUGGGAAAUAGAAAGAAAAAGUCAUACACACGGAGAAGCAAAUUGCUUGAAUUAACAUGGCAAUGACGCGAAUAAACGCGUUCUGGUUGGAGGAGACAGAAUCUCUGUUCCUUGAGAACCAAAUUCGGUUCUUAAGGGCCAGAAAUUCCGUUUCCGUUUCCUUCGACCAAAAGACACACUGAGAAAAAAGUGUUCGGUAUUUGCAACUCUGUAAUCGCAUAGCGAAGUAGUUAUAGUCAGGAGAACCGUUUUUUAUAGUAAGUGUUGCUACAAUGUCAGUGGUAAUAACUUUAGACGCGUAUUACUACUAUUCUUUUUUUUGUUAGAACCACAAAAGGACAUAGUCCUUUUGUGGUUCUAACCACAAAGAAAAUGAUAAUAAUUUUAGCGAAAUUAACCAUUUUUUUCUCUCGGUGCACUUGGUUGUGACAAUUGUCACGCUGAUUCAACCAAUCCUUCCUCCCCGUGCAAGGAUUUGCACAAAUGAAUAUCUAGCAGGCGACGGUAUUACAAAUUAUGAAAGAGAGUCACAUGAACCUGAGAAAUCGCCAGAAUUAAUCGUACGAACUCGCAGAAGGGGGGAAUUGCGAUGUGUAGGCAAAUCUAGUCUCGCGAAUCGGCGAAAAUUGUGGUAGUUGAAACCGCAGACGUCCUCCGAGUCCACAGCCAUGUUCUUCUAUGUGGAAAGUACGACACGCUACAGAGAUUACAAGACGAUUAUCUGACAUUCUUCUCCGCCCUCGAUACGGCAUCCUUCCGCGGCGAACUAAUUGUCCGCCGUUCGCCAGAUGUUGGAGAAUGCCUUGAUCCUUGAAAGAGCACGUUCCGAGUGGAACGGGUCGGGGAACUUCUGGUCGGUGAAAAGCGCGUAAGUUCUCGCGCUGGUCUGGUUCUUCAGUUGUUGUGCGCGCUAUUGUUCAGGCUGUGUGUAUGUGUGUGAAUGUGUGAGAGAACAUAUGUGUGUGUAUGUGUAGUCACUCAGUAGGUAGAUUACAACGGCGUGAUUAGAGCGAGGGCAAGAAUGUCGGGCGUCGGGACCGGAAUGAAUCGGUGGCGUGAAAGUAUUAGGUUGCCGUUUAUCAACAGCCGUUUGUCAACAGCCGUUUAUUAAGGGCGCGCGAAAAUGGCUCCAUUGCAAGUGACGGUAUCGCGCUUGAUUAAAAGCAUAUUUAAUGUGCGCGAUAUCAAUCUCUCAAACGGCGGCGUCGUCGAAAUUCAUCAGGGUGUACCGACGUUAAUUGUUCGCACUAAGGAUUAAUCGACGAUGUCGCGAUCAAUCAGCCGUGUUAAAAUUGAUUAGCGGCGCCGUGCAGGCGGUGAUGAUCGGUUUUGCGGUAACCCCCACGUUAAAAACGGUACGUUCCAGAGGGGAUACCCACACGCCUCCUUUUCGCGUAUAUCAGCCAAAGAACAACGACAAGCGGACCACAAUGUGUUACUGGCGCGUCGCCGCAACGCGAAUAUCGCGUCGCAGGGGCGAAUUUACUUCUCGCGAGAGUACACGGAAAGGGAGACCGCGUCUUUCGCUUAUUUUUCCCCGACCGGAUGUGUAGUGAACAAUGUCUCGUACGAGACGAAUAGUAACUUCAUCGCAUUUCCGCAUUACUCACACACAUACACACACAUAUACAUACUCUCUCUCUCUCUCUCGUCUCUCUUUCUCUCUUGUCUAAAGGCUCGUCUACAAUAGGCGACGUAAGCUUGGCGUUUGAGUAAGAAAUAAAAAUAAUUUAUUUCGCUUACGCGUCCUUUUCCUCCCUACACUCUAACUUCCUUGCACCGGAAGUAUCUUUAUUUAUUUAAGAGAAAUAAAUUAAAUAAGUUAUCAUUAUCUCUUACUCCAACUCACGCCGCAAGCUUACGUCACCUAGAUUAGGGGAUGAGCCUUUGAGCGGAUCGCAGUAAUCUUAAGAGGCGGCGAAAUCUAUUGCUCUCGCCCUCAUUCCGAGGAGAUGAUAGACUAGCGUCUAUUAGUGAUAGCAUUCGACCAAUUGUGUGUUUCUAUUAGGACGACAUAUGCUUUCCGGUCCGCGCGGUCGCGUUCUCUCGUCUCCUCCUCAAUCUCCCUCUUUUCUCUCUGUCGUCUCUGCCGCGUCUCGCCCGCGGACGCCUCCGCUGAAAUGUCGAUCGAGCUCGAUCGAUUUCGCAUGCCCCUUUCUAGAGGGGAAUUGUACGGUAUGUAAAUUAGGAGUAGUUUCGCGUAGAUCAAGGAGAGUCACGUCGCGAUCUUCGCGGCUGACUUCUCGGUAGAUCACUCGUAGGAGGCAAAAUUCGAUCGACUCGACGAACGUGAAUGAAGAAAGAAGUAAAAAAGAGAAACAGAAUAUCCUCGCUCGUUAUUUUUGCAUAAUUCCAAUGUGUGAGAUUUUUGCAUCGGGACUUUUGCCGGUUCUUCGUCGCGAUUUCUCCGGUCGAGGGGAGAAUCGGGGACGAUCGAGUCGCGGAGUAGAUCGCUAGAGAACGUUCCCGCGCCGACGAAGUAAAUAAAAAAAAAAAAGAUCAACAUGCGCUCG